AUGGCGAGGCACGAGGCAUCGGCGUCGGCGGCCGCGGCCGCGCCGGGCGUGGACUUCCACCUUCCCGACGAGAUCCUGGCCGUGAUCCCCACCAACCCGUACGAGCAGCUGGACGUAGCGCGCAAGAUCACCUCCAUGGCCAUCGCCUCCCGCGUCUCCCGCCUCGAGGCCGACGCAGCGCGCCUCCGCCGUGACCUCGCCGACCGCGACCGCGCCGAGGCCGAACUCCGCGCCCGCCUCGCCGACUCCGACGCUCGCCUGGCCGCCGCUCUCGACGAGAACGCGAAGCUGGCCAAGGAAAGGGACUCGCUCGCCGCGACGACCAAAAGGCUGGCCAGGAAUUUGGCAAAGGUACUAGCUUUUUAG